AUGUUAAGUCGAUCUGCAUAUAGAAAUUCGGCUUUUCGUUAUAUUAUUUUAUCUUAUCCAUAUUCUCAAAAUCUGCUCAAUCGAUCUUCUUCAUAUCAUCGUUAUUUUCGUCUUAUAUCUUCAAAUUUCUCUUCUACACAACAAACAAUUCCAAUACCAUUAUUUUCAAAUACCAAUUUCACAAUGUUUAUUCCAUGUCGUUUAUUUUCCAUAAGUUCAUCUCGCUUGUCAUCUGUUAUUCAAUUUAAAUUAGCUGAUAUUGGUGAAGGUAUACGUGAUGUUGAACUUCUAGAAUGGUAUGUUCAAGUAGGUGAUCAUGUUAAACAAUUUGAUAAAAUUUGUGAAAUUCAAUCAGAUAAAGCAAAUGUAACAAUAACAUCUCGAUAUGAUGGAACUAUUGUUAAACUUUAUCAUAAUGCUCAUGAUGUAACUCGAGUUGGUGAACCACUUGUUGAUAUUAAAGUUAAACAAGAAAUUGUAUUAUCAACUAAAACUAAAAAUUCAAAUAUUAUGCAAAAUGAUAUAUUUAAUAAAGCAGUAUUAAGAAAAGCUUCAUUAACAAAUAUUUUAGCUACUCCAACAGUCAGAAAAAUGGCAAAAGAAUUACAAAUAUCAUUAGAUGAUAUUCAAGGUACAGGAAAAGAUGGAAGAAUUCUUGAAGAAGAUUUAUUAAUUUUUAAAUCCAGUAAAUCAUCACUAUCAAAAUCUUCUCGAUCUAAUUCAAGAAUUCCUCCACUAUCACCAAUAUUUGCUAAACAAUCAUCAAAAUCUCAUUCAAUUCCAGUAUCUUCUUCAUCAAAACUUAAGACAACUCCCAAUCAAUCUCAAAUAUCAUCUAUUACUGAUCGGAAAGACAUCCGUAAAGCAUUUGUUCAGAUUAAAACUCAAGCUAAUUCAAUACCACAUUUCACCUAUUGUGAUCAAUAUGAUAUGACACAAUUAGUUCAAAUAAGAAAACAACUCAAUAAUGAAAAAAGAAAAUUUUCUCAUAUACCAUUUAUAAUAAAAGCAUGUUCACAAACUCUAAUUGAUUAUCCUAUUCUUAAUUCUCAUAUUGGUUCAAAAUGUGAAACAAUUCUAUAUAAAGCUUCUCAUAACAUUGGUUUUACAAUUGAUGCAAAGGAUGGUCCACUUGUACCAAAUAUAAAAAAUGUUCAACAAUUAUCAAUUAGUCAAAUUGAAAAUGAAUUUAAUCGUUUACAAGAACUUGCUCAUCAUGGAAAAUUACUAGAAGAAGAUCUUACUAACGGAACAUUUUCAUUAUCAAAUAUCGGUGAUAUCGGUGGAACAUAUGCUGUACCUAUUCUUCUUCUACCUCAAGUAGCUAUUGGUGCAUUAGGAAAAAUAAUUAGCCCGCCGGGUCCACGUUUUUUUGGACCCGGAACCGACCCGGACCCGUUCAAAAAACUUUCGGUAGACCCGGACCCGGACCGGGCAUCGGGUCCGGGUCCGGGUUGGACCCGAUUUCGACGAGCACUAAGACAACCAGUUGCACAAGAUGAAGAUGAAUCUGAUUCAUAUCGAGUUCGUUCAAUGAUGUCUGUUAGUUGGUCAGUUGAUCAUCGUAUUAUUGAUGAAGGAACAAUAGCUAGAUUUUCAAAUCAAUUGAAAUUUUUACUUGAAAAUCCACUUCAAAUUCUUAUUAAGUGA